AUGCGCUCCUUCACCCUAAUCCAGGGCCUGGCCCUCGCUACAUCAGCCUACGCAGUCGACCCUGCUGCAAUCUAUAGCGGAGGCUACAACUCAUCUAGCCAAGUCCUCCUUCGCAUCGGCAACGGCGGUGCCGGCCAGAGCGGACUGAUUGAGGCGCUCGCCGACGCCUUCAUCCAAUCCAGCGUGCGCAACGGCUCAGACCCAUUCCAAGUAGCCUGGUACAAGAGCGACACCACCGAAUCAAUCAACUACCUCAAAUCCGACACCAUCGACGUCGGCAUCACCUACACGCCCGCAGCCGAGCAAAUCGCCAUAAAGCAAAACAUCGCCAAAUCCCCCGCCUGGUACGCCUGGCGCGACCACUUCCUCCUCGUCGGCCCUGCCUCCAACCCCGCCAAGCUGUCCAAAUCCUAUGACAUCAAGACGAUGUUCUCGACUAUCUAUUCCGCCGCCGAAGCCGGCACCGAACCCCCCGUGCGCUUCCUCUCGCGGUACGACAAGUCUGCCACCAAUAUCAAGGAUUCCCAGCUGUGGAUCGAAAUUGGGCAGGUCCCCUGGGCGACGAAGUACUCGACGUGGUACCACCAGUACAUUGCGUAUCCGAUCCAGGCGCUGACGGCGGCGAUCUUGCUGGAGGAGUAUACAAUCACGGAUCGGGGGACUUUCCUUUCUAUUGAUCCGGAAAUGCAGAAUCGGACGACUAUCUAUAAGGCGGCGACGGAUGCGCCGAGUGAUCCUUUGCUUAACCCGGCUCAUAUGCUUGUUGGGAAGGGAGCGGAGAAUGAGAAGAUGGCGGAUCGCUUUGCGCAGUGGGUUAUUAGCGCGGAGGGGCAGAAGGUUAUUGUUGGGUUUAAGAAGAAUGGACAGCAGCUUUAUACCGCUGCGCCGUCUAAUAAGACUGCGCAGUUUUAG